AUGGAUUUCGUUAUAAAGUUGAAAAACAGCCUUAAAUGGGUUGAAUCCGAGGUACUGUAUCAAAGGUGCAAAAUUGUAAUUGUCCUUCUCAUUUCCUUCCUCGUCCUUUGCGUUUUGUCCCAAGAAUUUUCUGGAAUCAUCUCUGCUCAAAGAUGUAUGAGAGACUCUGAGUGUAUUGGUUCAGACGUGUGCCAUGUCCGCCGAUGCCUCCCGAUUUCGGAACUCCGUCAGUGUGACAUGUCUCCCGACGGUGACGACUGUGGAUUCGAAUACUUCUGCGUGGGCGGAGUUUGCUGGUACAUGUCGGAUAUCUCCAUGGGACGAAAGCACUCGUUCGUUCCAAUGACAUGUACACAUCCACUCGAGUGUCCAGAUAACAGGAAAUGCGUCAACGGACUGUGUGUUACGGUAGUUGUCGUUGUGGAACCUUCGGCCACAGCCACCGAUUUUUUUUGUACCAAAAAACCUGAAAUUUCUUUUUUUGUUCUUCGAAUUUUUCGUUUCUUACAAUUAGCUCUUCACAAAUUCAAAUUUCCCUAA